UGCUGCGGUGUUAUAACCUAUAUAUCUGUUGAUGUAUAGUUUGUUUUCAUAUUCAAUAAUCUACUCCUAAGUAAAACAACAACAACAACACUAGUGCAUAUUAUGGUCUGUUGGUAAUGAUUUCCGGCWGKUCAGUURCAUAUUAGUGCAUAAGACAUUAGUGCACAAGCGCAGAGCAGACUGAGUAUAGGACUGGAAGGCAAGAAGCCUGGAGAACACGUCCUAGUGUUGACGUCCAUAUAGGAAGUAAGCGUACAAACUGACGCCAAGAUUGACAACGUCAGCUCUUGUUUCAAGUUAAAAGCCAAAUGUACGACUUUGAACGUGCAGAGGAAAGAAUUACACCUGAUAGAUAGAUUUAUGACUCCAAGAAAAGCGAAUAGCUGACUACUCAGUGAAAGCACUGCAAGUUAAAAAGGAACUAAUUGCGUUGCGGAAGAAAACCACAGUUUGACAAAAGCUUUAUAGCAAAAAGAAUGUUAAUGAAACCAUCAUCCUACCAAUUUCAAGCUUAACUUCAAGUUACAAGAUAAGUUUGAGAAUCUUAAUCAAGUUGAAGAGAGAUAUUACAGCGUAAAAGCACAAUCUUCAUGAAACUUAUUAGGAAUUUUUGCAACCUUCAAACCUUUGAUACUGUAAGAGCAGCGUAAACCUUCAAAAACGCGAAUGGCUGAACCAUCAACCAACUAACAGGCUUCAUUACAUUCUAAAAGGAAUUUUACAGUUUGACAAGUCGCUUGAAAGAGAUAAAAGGAAUGAUACUAUUUACCAAUAUUCAUGUCACUUUACAACUCAAAGAAUAGYGACCAGAAAUCGCUUGUACAUACACUAAUCUAAGUUCUUUUCUUGUCGAAGAAUUCCUCUUUACUUUGGAUUGAUGAUCACAAGUUUAAGCCUAGCAAAAGAGCUGAAACAAAGAACAAAGAACACGUUUUAUCAAGAAAUAUAGCUGUUUUCUUGAAGAGGGGAUUCCAACUAAUCAGCUGUUGUUGAUACUGUAAGACUUUAAGCCAACCAAAGAGGGGAUUAUCUGUUGAUUGGGAUAAAUGACCAAUAAUCACAACAUCAAAUACACAYCAAGCAAAUAGUUAAUCAAAACAAGAAGACUACAAUCUUGUUCACAAUGAAUAACAGUACUAAUACAACAGGACCAACUAUACCAUCGCCAUCCGAAGCAGAACGAAUUUUCAARGUAGUUUUUUACGUUUUUCURUUCAUCACRGGAACUAUUGGGAACUUACUUGUGGYGGUAAUUAUCAAAGCCAAAAACAAGCAUAGAACAGUCAACGAUUAUUUCAUCUUAAACCUUGCUGUUUCUGAUUUAACAUUUCUAUGUUUUGCACUACCAUUUUAUUAYUAUGAGCUUUUUGAGAAAUUUGAGAAGUUUGAGUUUUAUUGCAAGUUUGUCUGGCCAAUGAUGUCAAUCACUUUGCUUGUUAGUAUUUUUACUUUAACUCUUAUGGCUGUGGAGAGAUGCAGGGCGAUACUGUUUCCUUUUAGACCUCGUAUAAAGAAACAUACUUUAUUUCUAGCUAUGGGAUUGGUAUGGAUACUGUCAAUACUAUGUAUGGUUCCAUUAAUGAUUGUAGCACGACCUGUAGGGGUYUUCUGCUUGGAAAAAUGGCCGACAGAUGAGCUUCGUAAGGCUUACACCGCAGCGCUUUUUGUUCUUCAGUUUGCUAUGCCAAUCACUGUGAUUGCAGUGGCUUAYAUUACCAUUGCAGUAACACUUGUAAAGACUAAAGUACCAAACAGGACAUCGGUAAACCAACGAGGGCAAGUCAUCAAACAAAAAACAAGAGCGGACAAUAUUCAUGUAAUUCGCACUGUUGCAAUCAUUGUAAUACUAUUUGUAAUUUGUAUGUUACCUAAUCAAAUAGCGUGGAUUUUGAUGGAUUUUGGAGGCAAGAAAUACCAGGAUUURUCAGAAAAGUUUUGGUUAUUAGCUGAAGCAUUGAUGUUCUUUCAUAGUGGCGUKAAYCCCAUUAUUUACGGUACUCUAACAAGGCAGUUUCGUGAAGGAUACAUUCAGUAUYURAGGUACGUCUUCUGCUGUGGACGUCGCUACACCCUUCACGGCAUGACGAUGACUUCACAGAACAAUUUUACAAAAUCUCGAGUCGCUGGCGGUAGAUUAGGUAAUGUUUCAUUCAAGUCACCAACUACUGUUAAUGGAAUCAGAACRAGUURUCAAGCUGGUCCAACUGUAAUAACCUCGAGUCGUUACGGAACAUCUCUUUCUCCUCCGAGUCCAGCACGAUCUGCCGCGAGUUCAGUCCGAUCACAYCCGAGUUCAGUACGAUCAUAUCCGAGUCCAGUACGAUCAUAUCCGAAUUCAAAAGAAUUUCCAACGGGGUCCAAGCGAUUCAGMUCGWGUUUGWYAAGCGGAAUACCGAAUGAAAGUCGACCAUCGAGUUCUUUGAUUAUAGACAACAAGACAGUCAUWGAUGCAAAACUAACUUCCGUUACGAUUAACGACAUUAAUCUAAAAUAUAAAGAUGAGAGUUCUGAGAGCCACAUCAGAAAAGGAAACAGAAAUAGUGUCUCCAAACAAAAACUAUCAAGUAAGGAUAGUAAAAUCUCUAYAACAAAGUUAAAUGGCGAAUGUCGUGAAAGUACAGUGCUAAAAAACCCUAAUGUGCACGACAAACACCAUGACAGGAAAGGAACAAUGGAUUAUUCUCUGCAGAGUAGUACUAGCCAAUCAGAGGACACUGCUAAGAUCAGCCAAUCAAGAGAAACCAAUAGAAUUAGCCAAUUAGAAGAKACUGCUAGGAUCAGCCAAUCAAAAGAAACAAAUAAAAUUAACCAAUCAGAAGAGACCUCCAUUCAUCAUAAAAUGGAUGAUAGUACUUCAAAG